ACCUCUGAGGGACUGAGGCAGCAGCAGGAAGUGAAAACCUGCUGUUCGGCAUAGCUUUAGUUUGCUCAUAAACUUGAUCAGAAUCUGUCGGUUACUACAUUUUGAAAAAUGGACAAUCAAGGCAGGAAAGUGGUGGUUUGUGAUAACGGAACUGGGUUUGUGAAGUGUGGCUAUGCAGGUUCCAACUUUCCGGAGCACAUCUUCCCUGCGCUGGUGGGUAGGCCUAUCAUUCGCUCCACAACUAAAGUUGGCAACAUUGAGAUUAAGGACCUGAUGGUGGGUGAUGAAGCGAGUGAGCUGCGCUCCAUGCUUGAGGUGAACUACCCAAUGGAGAAUGGCAUUGUCAGGAACUGGGACGAUAUGAAGCACCUGUGGGACUACACUUUUGGUCCAGAGAAACUAAAUAUUGACUCGCGCAACUGCAAGAUUCUCCUCACCGAGCCCCCCAUGAAUCCCACCAAAAACCGUGAGAAGAUCAUUGAGGUUAUGUUCGAGACAUAUCAGUUCUCAGGUGUUUAUAUUGCAAUUCAGGCUGUGCUCACAUUAUAUGCCCAAGGUCUGUUAACGGGAGUCGUGGUGGAUUCAGGUGACGGUGUCACCCACAUUUGCCCUGUAUACGAAGGAUUCUCUCUUCCUCAUUUAACUCGCAGGCUGGACAUAGCAGGGAGAGACAUCACUCGAUAUCUUAUAAAGCUGCUGCUGCUGCGAGGAUAUGCUUUUAACCACUCAGCAGAUUUUGAAACUGUGCGCAUGAUGAAGGAGAAUCUCUGUUAUGUAGGAUACAAUAUUGAGCAGGAGCAGAAGCUUGCUUUGGAGACUACUGUACUGGUGGAAUCCUACACGCUUCCUGAUGGCAGAGUGAUAAAGGUUGGAGGGGAGAGGUUUGAGGCACCUGAAGCUCUUUUCCAGCCUCAUCUGAUUAACGUGGAGGGAGUGGGAGUGGCUGAGCUGCUCUUCAACACCAUUCAGGCAGCAGACAUUGACACCAGGGCUGAGUUCUACAAACACAUUGUUCUCUCAGGCGGUUCUACCAUGUAUCCAGGCCUGCCCUCUCGACUGGAGAGGGAACUCAAGCAGCUCUAUCUAGAGCGGGUGCUUAAAGGGGAUGUGGACAAGCUCUCUAAAUUCAAGAUCCGGAUUGAGGAUCCUCCACGGCGCAAACACAUGGUGUUCCUGGGUGGAGCUGUGCUGGCUGACAUCAUGAAGGACAAGGAGAACUUCUGGCUGACGAAGGAGGAGUAUCAGGAGAAGGGUGUGCGUGUGCUUGAGAAGCUCGGUGUCACAGUCAGAUAAACUGUUAGUGUCUUCUAAACCCACUGCGUCCUCUCCACUCUCCCAUGUAUAGGAUAUCUAGAGCAUCUGUUCAGCUGUGUGUCGCUAGAGCUCUCACCUCCUGCAUUCUGCUACUUGUGCCACUGAGUCACAUGAUCACUUUUUGGGAAGGACAGACCGGGAGGUGUAUUAAGGCUACUGGGGAGGGAGGUGAGGAGUUCGGCAUCCAUAUUCUUGGGCUCUCUGUUAUUAUCUUUAUACAU